GACAGAAACCCAAAACAGCUAAAUAAAGCAGCACAUUUUUGACAACUUCCCCCCUACGGCUGGGGAUAAGCAUAGCGUGUUAUACUCAAGAGCUACCGAUGGGAUCAACCAGGAGGCGACCUUCGCUGCUGUAUCCAGUAGUUAAUAAUUGGGCAGUUUGCUAAUGAUUAAUGAUGUAUGACGUCCCUUUAACGCCAUCAAAGAUGGCACACCAUGUCGUCUCAAGUGUUCUCAAGUUCAAGGGAAAGAAGUACUUUCAACAAUUACGAAGUGCCUCUGCUUCCACACAUCGCUGAUGUCAAUGGCAUCUUGAACAUCGCGGGUUGGCUAUCUCAUGCAGGCUUCGCCAGAGCUCGUGGGAGUGUGAAUUUGCAUGGAUCGAGUCAUUUUAACUCCGAUGAGAUUCUCACUUCAGCAUUUGCUCGAUGGCCAACACAUUCCGCUCUAAUCCAUCCAAACCCGCGUAUAACCAGCGAGCCAUGUCCAAGGAACUAAAUUUCCCGGAAGGCUUCAUGUGGGGCACGGCUACGGCUUCGUACCAAGUGGAGGGCUUCGUGAACGAAGAUGGACGCGGUGACAGCAUCUGGGAUGCCUUCUCUCGCACUCCCGGCAAGGUUGCGAAUGGUGAAACGGGCGAGAAAGCUGUGGACCACUACCACCGUUACAAGGAAGACGUACAGCUAAUGAAGAACAUGGGGCUCAAAGCCUAUCGAUUCUCGAUCGCCUGGCCUCGGAUCAUCCCCGCUGGGAUCGGAAAGGUGAACGAGGAGGGCGUCGAGUUCUAUAACAAUCUCAUUAACGAGUUGUUGGCAAGGGAUAUCACGCCAUUAGUGACCUUGUAUCAUUGGGACUUGCCCUUGGCGUUGCAAACCGAGUACGACGGCUGGCUGGGCGGCAAAUUCGUCCAAAAUACCUUCGCACAGUACGCACGAGUGUGCUUUCAGCGGUUCGGAGACCGCGUCAAAAACUGGAUAACGCUGAACGAGCCGUGGUGUUCAGCUAUCCUGGGUUAUGGUAGUGGCGUCCACGCACCAGGACGCAAGAACAAGCCGCAGACGGAAGCGUACCUAGCAGCACACAACCUGUUGCUGGCCCAUGCACGCGCCGUCGAAGUGUAUCGCAACGAGUUCCAGGCGGUGCAGAAGGGCAGAAUAGGCAUCACGCUCGACUGCGACUGGCGUGAGCCUGCACCGACUGAUGAUCCCGUGCAGAAGGUCAAAAACCAUGAAGCUGCAGAGCGUUCGAUGCUCUUCUGGCUGGGGUUAUUUGCUGAUCCGGUCUUCAAAGGCGACUACCCACAGGUAAUGAGGGACCGCUGUGGACUACGUCUGCCUAAGUUUACUGAAGAGGAGAAGAAGCUUCUGAAGGGCAGCUCGGACUUCUUCGGGCUCAACCACUACGGAACAGCUUACGCCGAACCGUCCGCCGAGUAUGAGGCGAAGAUACCGCCACCAUGCGACGAAACUGGAGGCUAUGAAGCUGACGAAGGCACCAAGUUAACGUCAGAUUACUCUUGGAAGCGCACAGACUCGGGCUAUGAAUGUGGUGGGCUGGGGCUUCCAGAAACUGCUGGUCUGAAUUCAGAAUCGCUACGCAGUUCCGGGCGGCAUUCUGACCGCACCAAGGAGGAGGCCCAGAACGAUGAUUUCAGAGUGAAAUUCUACAAAGAAUACCUCACGGGGAUGCAUAACGCGAUUGCUGAAGGCGCCGAUGUUCGCGGAUAUUUCGCUUGGUCGCUGACAGACAACUACGAGUGGUCGGAGGGUUACAGCAAGCGUUUCGGACUGCACUGGGUCGACUAUGAUACUAUGGAGCGCAUUCCUAAAAAGUCGGCGCUCUGGUAUGGUGAAGUCGUUCGCAGGAACGGAUUCGCUGCUUAAACCAGGGAAGAGAAGCUCGUGUAAGUUGUUCGCUCCUGCUUGGAGCACAAAUAUCAGGACCACCGUUUUACAAGGUGUUGUCGAGAAUGACAUUCGCUGUCGACUAUAUACUUGUACGUGCACGGCGUUGGGGAUUAUAGCCUGGACUCACAACCGUUCGAAGAUUUAAUGGUCGUACGUUAAGCAUGGAUGGUUGGUUUAUUGCAGCAUCGAUUUAGUCAGGGUCUCGGAAAAACGUGUAACUGCUCCUUUGGGCGUUGAAUGCUACGUAGAUAUCAUCGGGAAGAAUGAAGAGGUAAGAAAGAUAAUUCAACGAGCCGUUUCACAGGAAGAAAAUCUAAAUCUAAACACCCAAUAUCGCGUA